CGAAGAUCGGACAAAUCGACCGCAGACUUUUCAGCAUGAUAGAAUCCCAUCCCAACACGUCCGAGCCACAGGCUUACUUCGACCAACAACCCAAUAGCCAGUCUCAAAGACCGCCCCCUCAACCGUUCUCUCAAGGCGCAGAUACCGGAGCCAGCAUUGGGAGAAUCAGUACAUCUGGCCUUGAAACACCAUACAGUUUGCGACCAGCAACCAACCACAAUAACACAAGACCGUCCACCAUGGAACGAAGUGAAACCAACCAAACAGCGGAGACGAGUGAUACCCAGAGGCUCGAGAAGAAGCAGCAACAGCUAGUUGACGUAGAGAAUGAGUACUUCAAGCUUAACCCCUGGUACAACCAGCAAAAAGACAAGCCAGUCUUUGGCCUUGGUCAACCUCUACCACACACGAUGCGCCGUGGCAUGUGGUGGGGUAAAAAUGAGCUCAGAAAGAAGAUGGAGGAACUGCAGGCAGAAGAGCAAGACUUGCAGAAAGGAAUCGAGGCACGUGAUGGAUUAGACAUGGUGAAGGAGAAAGAAUCUGGAAAUGACUCGGGGGGCUCACAAACUCCUCUGAGACAAGGAAAAUCCUCGCAGCCCUUCAGUGCAGAUUACCAAUCCUACAGUCAAGGUCGUAUGCCAAAUGUGCGCCGACCAACGUCCAACACUCACUCCAUGGCCGGCAGGCAGCGCAAUGAUGACUCGGCUUCAGAACGCGCGCCAAUCAACGAACAUGGCCUUAAUGAUGCUGAUCAGCGAAACAACGGAAGGAACAACUUCGGUCUUCAGGACGGUCUCCAUCCACUCCAGGAACUCGACACCAGCGAAACAACGCAGACGCAGAAAGAGGACAAGGAGACCAAGAAGCGUGAGCAUGAAGAGCAGCAAGAGUACUACAACCAGUACCGCAACCCAAUUGCGAGGUUUCGCGCACAAUACCCUCAGGCACCAGCCGAGUUCCUUGCUACAUUCGUCUACCUGUUUCUUGGAAUUGCAGCCAACUUGUCCGUCGCAACCUCAUCCGAAACCACAGGCAACUUCGAGACACAGGCUUGGGCGUGGGGCUUCGCCGUAACGGUAGGCAUCUACUUGAGCGGUGGCGUUUCUGGUGGCCACCUUAGUCCCUGCAUCACUCUUGCACUCUCGAUCUUCCGUGGUUUCCCAUGGCGACUGGCAAUCGUAUACAUCUGCAUGCAGAUGCUUGCUGGCCUGGCUGCAGGAGGUUUAGCAUACGGGCUGUACUAUGAUGCGAUAAACGCCAUGGACCCACAACAUACGCUCGACGUAACAGGCAAAGCUCUUUUCCCCAAGGGCCCGGCCUUCACAGCGACAACGGCCUUCUUCAAUGAUUUUGUCUUCAUGGCUGUUUACACCUGCAUCGCCUUCGCUCUCGGAGACGACCAGAACUCACCCCCUGGUCAAGGUAUGACGGCCUUGAUCUUUGGUUUCAUGGGUUACCUCCUGAUGGUCUCGCUUGGCUACAACACCGGACUCGGAAUUUCGCCUGCGCGUGACCUGGGUCCCAGGCUGGUUGGCUUGUGGGCGGGUUACGAUUCGUUCAGUGAUGCGUACUGGGCUUACGGUCCGUUCGGCGCGGCCACGAGUGGUGCCAUAUUCGGAGGGUUCAUCUACGAUCUGUUCGUCUUCGUGGGUGGAGAGUCGCCGGUGAACUACAGGUGGCCGGAGAAAGGUGACAUCAAGUGGAAGUUUAACGAGAAGAAAGAGGAGGUGAAAGACAAGAUUCACAACGUGGCUUAGAGCGCGUUGAGUGAUGAAGAAAUUUGGCUUCUUUU